AAACCUAUUCCUAAGUUUGUUGAUUUCCUACAACUGCAAGUAACUGGGGGAACUGGUGGUCAGGGCCUUCCAAAAUAUGGAGGAUUCGGUGGAAAUGGAGGAAAGAUUUUUGUCACAGCCAAGGCAAAAGUGAAAAACUUGAGGCAGCUUGCUGUACAGCAUCCCAAACAGACAUGCAAAGCUGGUGUUGGGGAUAAUAGCAGCAAAUUUCACUUACUUGGAAACAGCGGUAAAGAUUUAAAUUUGGAAGUGCCAGUUGGAGUUUUACUCCACACAGAAAAGGGAGACAGAGUGGAUUUGAAUAAAGAAGGAGACUCUUGCAUUGUGGCAAAUGGUGGCAUCGGAGGAAACAGGGAGACAAAUUUUCUCGGCCUAAGAGGGCAGACAAACAUGAUUGGCCUUGAAUUGAAGUUGUUAGCUGAUGUUGGACUUGUGGGAUUUCCAAAUGCAGGCAAAUCAACAUUUCUAAGAGCAGUUUCAAAAGCAAAACCAAAGGUAGCAGCAUAUCCUUUUACUACACUUACUCCUCAGCUGGGAAUUAUGGAAUUUGAUGAUGGGAGACGGAUCUCAGUUGCAGACUUGCCAGGUCUUAUUGAGGGGGCUCAUCAGAACUAUGGGAAAGGUAUCAAGUUUCUGCGACACGCUGAGCGGACCAAGUUAUUGCUGUUUGUCUUGGAUCUAAACCCAUUUCAGCUAUCAGAAAAGUACCCAGAACGAUCAGCAUUUGAAACGUUGCUUCUACUCAACCAGGAGCUGGAGGCUUAUGGUCACGGAAUGCUGGACAAGCCGGCUAUCUUGGCCAUCAACAAAACAGACACAGAUCCCAGUGGAGAGAAAGUGACACGGUUGAUGAGCCUUGUUCAGAACUUACCUGAAUCUCUGGAGACUGUCGAUGAGGAGUUGAGGCCCACAACACUGGCCAAGUUUGAUGACAUUCUCACAAUGUCGGCCCAGAACAGAGACAACAUCGAGGCAGUGAGAGGGAAGAUCAGAGAGGUGAUGGACGAGUACGCUGAGAAAAGGCUGCUUGAGGAGUUGGAGAAGAAGAAAUCUUUGAUGAGUCUCAGGGAGGAUGAGGAGCAUUUGAAGACUACGUUUGUCUGAUGUUGUUAGGCUUCGGUUUGUUUGAUGGUUGGCUGAUGCUUUGUGUUGUGAUGCUGGGUGGAUGUUUCUUUGGUAUUAGAUGAAUGUUUGGAAUGUUUUAUGAGUGUUUGUUUGAUUGUUGCUUUGUGUAUUUGAUUUACAUCAAUUAUAAAAAGUCUUCUGUCGUGAGGUCUAGACAUCUUUCACAGCAUAGAAAGAAGGCUGGAGUGGAAAAGUGAGAUUUUCAGAAUGGUGUGGGCUGUGAAUAUGUCUAGGAAUGUUCUGCGUAUGCAUGCCUGUAUUUUUUAGAUUGAAGGGUUGUACACCUAUUUAUUAGCGCGCCUGAUGGCCAGAGCUGAGAGAAAAAGAGAGAG